AUGGUGGCUCCACGACCACGACCGCGAGUGCUCUCCAUCACAUACCCUUCAUGGGCGGGAGAAGAGUAUCUCGGAGAAUUCGAGUCGAAAUUCGACCUUCAUGUCCUGACUCCCGGCGACAGACAAACCACCGUGCAGCGGUUAGCAGCCAAAGUGGCGGCCGACGGCCCAUUUGACGCGCUGGUGAUUCUCAUGGGCAUCUUGCCCUACGAGCCUUUCGACGAGGAACUGCUGGGACCUCUGGUGCCGCAUUGCAAGGUGAUCGGGUCGGCCAGCGCGGGCUACAACGAGUUCGACGUGGACUGGAUGUCACGCAACGGCAUCGUCUUCUGCAACAGCCGCAACGCGGUCAACGAGGCCACGGCCGACAUGGCCAUCCUGAUGAUGCUGGGCAUUCUUCGAGACAUCCAGAGCUUGGAGACCAGUGUGAAGAAGGGAGCCUGGAGAGGCGGCAUUCCGGGUCCGUUGGUUCCCACCAGGGACCCGACGGGAUUGAAGCUGGGGAUUGUGGGCAUGGGUGCCAUUGGCAAGCAUGUCGCUCGUAAAGCCCGGGUCUUCAACAUGCACAUCAUCUACCACCAGCGCAACCGGAUGUCGGCCGAAGAUGAAGCGCUCUAUGGCGCCACGUACUGUUCCACCCUGGAUGAACUGCUGUCCAGCGCCGACGUCAUCUCAUUCCACUUCCCGCUGUCCGACAAGACUAAGGGGAUGAUCUCUCACGCGGAAUUUGCCAAGAUGAAGGACGGCGUCUUCAUUGUCAACACGUGUCGCGGGCCCGUCAUCGACGAGGAGGCCUUCAUUGCUGCCUUGGAGAGCGGCAAGGUGGCCAGGGCCGGGCUGGAUGUGCACCAUAACGAGCCUGAUAUCAAUCCAUAUUGGAUCGGGAACGACCGUGUCAUCAUCCAGCCACACAUGGGCGGCUUGACCGACGUGGCGUGGCAGCGGGCGUACAGAGAAGCACUGGAGAAUAUCCGCUCGUUCUUGCAAACGGGCAAGGCUAUCUCGCCGGUGAAUGCGGAUGCCGUGCAGCAGUUACAGAAGUAG